CCCCCCCUCCUCCUGCGCACAAGUGCGCACGUUAGCUGUCUCCUCACACAAUCAUAGCCUCACUCUUUCUCUCAUGAAAGGGAGAGUGAGCGAAACUUAAAAGAGUUUACGCAGGAUUUUUGAUCUCAUUUGGCAUGCAUUUAUUAUGAAGCAUGUUAGAGUUUAGAAAAGAGGACUUUGGUGGAAGUGAGAGAGGGUAAAGAGAAGAGAACACAACACAACACAACACUGGUGGCAUGUACUGACUGACUAGUGCCAUAAAUGGAUGUGUGUGGCCAGUGGUUCAGCUCUUUAUAGCCUGCCACAACCACAACAACAACUGUACCUCACUCUCUUUCCAUCUAUAUCACACCGCACUCAUUAACUUCAAAACUAUUGAAAUUUGAAUCUCCUUUAUGCGUUCGUUCAUGCUAUUUACACCAAACCACGCUUCCUUUCGCUUUCAGUUUCCGUUUCAAUUUCCAAUCUCCCAUCGCGUUUCGAUCCGAAUCGGAUCCAGGCGGCGAUUCGUUUCGUCUUCGCUCAGUUCUCGAUCGAUUAUGUUGUUUUUCAUUGAAUCGUUUGCAUAAACGAUGAAUCCUCUGUGCUGCAUUGCUCCGGUUUCGAUCGAUCGGGACCGGCCGAACUCGGUCGUGGCGAAAUCGCCGAGUCAGUGUCAGUUAGGGCUCGAUGCGUCCGUCAGGACGGUGAACUGCGCCUCGAAGGCGAGUUUCUCCACGCAGGAGUCGUCGGUCGGCGCGGAUUCCGCCGCGGCGGCGGCGAAUCUGGAGGAGGAGGAGGAGGCGCGCGAUUCGAAGGUGUUCGGCGGCGGGAACGGCGGCGGAGUGGCCGGGAGCGUGGCCGGGAUACUGUACAAGUGGGUGAACUACGGGAAGGGGUGGAGGUCGAGGUGGUUCGUGCUGGAAGAUGGCGUGCUUUCGUAUUACAAGAUUCACGGACCGGACAAGAUCUUGAUGAGUCCGGCGAGGGAUAGGAGCGUGAGGGUGAUCGGAGAGGAGUCGUCGAAGUACGUGAAGAAGGCGAAUUGGAAUCUGAAUCUGAAUCUGAAUCGAGCACCUUCCGGAGGAGUUGGGGGUAACAGUAACAGUAACAACGGCAAGCAAUGCAAGCCCUUCGGUGAGAUACAUUUGAAGGUUUCAUCUGUUCGUUCCAGCAAGUCUGAUGACAAGCGGCUUUCCAUAUUUACUGGGACAAAAACUCUUCACUUGCGGUGUGUAUCUAGAGAAGACAGAGCCAUGUGGAUUGAGGCCUUGCAGUCUGCAAAAGAUCUUUUUCCUAGAGCUCUGACAAGUAGCGAUCUUGCAACUUCAGAAGAUAUUGUGGUUUCAACAGAGAAGCUGCGAUCACGAUUGUCACAGGAAGGCAUAAGUGAAGCAAUCAUUAAUGAUUGUGAGUCUAUUAUGCUUUCUGAAGUCUCUUAUCUUCAAAGCAAGUUGAAGUUUCUUCAGCAGAAACAUGUUAUGUUGCUGGACACCUUAAAACAACUAGAGACAGAGAAAAUAGAGUUGGAAACUACUGUUGUGGAUGAAACAAAGGAACGUGAAUCAUAUUGUGGACAAGGAAAUAGAAGGUUUAGUGAUUUCUAUUCUGUCAUGUCGGAGGGCAGUGCUACUGAUUCAGUGGCCGAUAAUGAAAGUCAAGAUGGAGCAGAUGUUGAAACAGAUGAUGAUGAUAGAACAUAUUUUGACACAAAUGAGUUUUUGUAUUCUGAUGCCCUAAGAAGUGCUUCCUAUCGAGGUAGAGAAGGUAUGGGCAAUGCUAGUAUAUAUGAUAGAGAUUAUAUUUGUUAUGAUGGUGUGCAUGGGUUUGAGAAGGAGAUCAAAGAUGUAAGUUAUCCAUAUGUCAAAAGAAGGGAUAACUUACCAGAGCCAAAAGAAAAAGAGAAGCCUGUUGGCUUGUGGUCGAUUAUUAAAGACAAUAUUGGGAAGGAUCUUUCUGGAGUUUGUCUCCCUGUUUAUUUUAAUGAACCACUAUCUUCAUUGCAAAAGUGUUUUGAAGACCUAGAGUAUUCAUACCUUGUUGAUAGAGCAUUGGAGUGGGGAAAGCAGGGGAAUGAUUUGAUGAGAAUUCUAAAUAUUGCAGCUUUUGCUGUGUCUAGCUAUGCAUCAACUGAAGGUCGACAAUGUAAACCUUUUAAUCCUUUACUUGGGGAGACUUAUGAAGCUGACUAUCCAGAUAAAGGACUUAGGUUUUUUUCUGAAAAGGUUAGUCAUCAUCCAAUGAUUGUUGCUUGUCACUGUGAAGGAAAGGGAUGGAAGUUUUGGGCAGAUUCUAAUUUGAAAGGAAAAUUCUGGGGGCGAUCAAUCCAGUUAGAUCCUGUGGGUGUCCUCACUCUUCAGUUUGAUGAUGGUGAAACAUUUCAGUGGAGCAAGGUCACCACUUCCAUAUACAAUAUCAUACUAGGUAAAAUUUAUUGUGACCACUAUGGUACCAUGCACGUCAAGGGCAGCGGCGAUUAUUCUUGCAAACUAAAAUUCAAGGAGCAAUCUAUUAUAGACAGAAACCCACAUCAGGUUCAUGGGUUUGUUCAAGACAACAGAACUGGAGAGAAGGUAGCAAUGUUAAUUGGGAAGUGGGAUGAAGCAAUGUACUAUGUACUUGGGGAUCCAACCACCAAGCCAAAAGGUUAUGAUCCGAUGACAGAAGCUGCAUUAUUGUGGGAAAGGGACAACCAUGUAUCCAAGACAAGAUACAACCUCUCUCCUUUUGCAAUUUCCUUGAAUGAAAUAUUACCUGGUCUAUUAGAGAAGUUGCCUCCAACUGACUCGAGGUUGAGACCAGAUCAAAGACAUCUAGAGAAUGGAGAGUAUGAGCUGGCAAAUGCAGAGAAACUAAGACUUGAACAGUUGCAGAGACAGGCAAGAAAAAUGCAAGAAAGAGGAUGGCAACCGAGAUGGUUUAAGAAGGAUGAGGAUGGUUGUUAUCGAUAUACUGGUGGCUAUUGGGAAACAAGAGAAAAGAAUAAUUGGGAUGGAAUCCCGGAUAUAUUUGGACAGAGUUGCGAUUUACCUUCAUGUUCGGAAGAGACUGUAUCCUACUGAAUACUGGUUUUCCUUUUCACAGCCCUUAAAAAUCUCAUGUUUUGUUAAAUGUGAAUUUGGUUGUAGGUUGUAAGUUAUAAAAAGAUCCCUUCCAAAAAGUGUCCAUUCCUUUUCUGGCUGCCCGUUUUGGGCAUUUGUCAUUAAUCUUCCCAAGUAAUUUAAAGUUCUGAGAGUAAAAUGUCUUUGUCGUUUCAUCAUCAAAGAAUAGAUGAGAAAGAAUUGCACUCAUCCUUUUUGUCACCAGGUAAAUCACAGAACAUGGCUAAUCAUCAUGGGACAAGGGAACCGAUUGAUCUUAAGUGAGUUCCAUUACAAAUUGUGCGUGUCGUCUAUAUUUUUACAAAUUUUAAUGUAAUUAUUCUAUCAAGAAAAGAGCUAUUUUACAUCGAGUUU